CACCAAUAAAAUGGAUUUAGAGACAUAUUCUAACAACAUCACAACUCUCAUAUCUGGAAGUUAUAUUACCUCCGCCAUCACAAUAGGUAAAGAACUUGGGCUGUUUGAUGAAUUGAAAAGACUCGACAAACCCGUAUCAUCACUAGAGUUAGCAGAAGCGUGCGAUCUAAAAGAAAGAUAUGUGCGGGAAUGGCUGGGCUGCAUGGUAGCAACAAAAAUUGUAUCCAUUGAUGACUCUGACCACUACUAUAUCCCUCAAUCACUUAAAGAGGGACUCAAAGCGACCAAUAUGGUGUUUCUUUACCCACUCCUGGGCACUUUAACAGAAAGUGCGAAGGAAUGCUUCAAAAAGACUGGACCAAAAGGUUUAAGCUAUGCAGACAUGCCAGCAGAUUUAGUUGACCUAACUGAACGCAAGACAGUAAAUCCUGGGGCCGUAGUUGAAGAUCUCCUUCCUCCUAUUACUAAGAGCUUAGGCUCGGUGAAGACCAUACUCGAUCUAGGAUGUGGAGGAGGAAACAUAACUCUUGCAUUAAGCAAGCGUUUUCCUGACGCAGACAUAUACGCCGUCGAUUACAGCGAAACAGCAAUUACCAGAGCAACUGCCAUCGCCAAAGCUGAAGGCAUUAAAAACGUGACGUUUGUAAAAGAAGAUGUUACAUCAUUGCCAUCCGAUUGGACAGGCAAGUUUGACUGGGUGAUCUUGUUUGACGUUCUUCAUGAUCUGCCCGACCAUAUUAAUGCCAUGAAAGAGGUUCAUCGCGUACUGAAAGACGACGGAGUGACUUCAAUUGUUGACCCGGAUGUACACAGUCACCACAGAGAUAAUGUGGGGGAUACGUGCGUGGCAGGAAUAGGAUAUUCCAUUAGUUGCCUGGUUUGUCUCCCAUGUAGUUCAUCAAUAGAGGGAGCAGUGUGUCACGGCAUAGGCUGGGGAACUGAAAACAAGGAAGCAUUUCUGAAAAGUACUGGUUGGAAAGUGGAGGACAAGCGAAGUCUUGGAAGUCCAUUUGCUUUGAACUUUACAUGUGUCAAGGCUUAAGAAAAUAUCCUAUCACGGCAUUGACUUCAUCUGUGUACGGUUAUUUAAACUUGACUUAAACUGUAAGUGCAGUCACUUACCAUGUAGGAUUUGUGCUGAUG